GAUCAUCAUACAAUGUAAUAUUAUUUCUCAAUUUUCUCUAUCUAAAAAUCAUAAUCAUCUCCUUUCUUUUUCACUUCUCUUCUACCAAAUCCUCUGUUUAUGUUUAUAUACUUCUUUCACUACACUCACAAUUCACAAGAACAAACAGCAAGUUGGAAUCAACGUACAUUAAUAAUCAAGUAAAUUACCCAACAAAAUUUGGAAGAAAAAACUUAAAUUCUGGCGUAAAUUUGGGAAAAAAUGAAGUAUGUUUUAGUAACUGGUGGUGUUGUAAGUGGACUCGGAAAAGGUGUUACUGCUAGUAGUAUUGGUGUACUUCUUAAAGCAUGUGGUCUUCGUGUUACUGCUAUUAAAAUAGAUCCUUAUUUGAAUACAGAUGCAGGAACUAUGUCACCAUUUGAGCAUGGUGAAGUAUUUGUUUUAGAUGAUGGAGGAGAGGUGGACCUAGAUCUUGGUAAUUAUGAGAGGUUCUUAGACAUCAAGCUGACGCGCGAUAAUAAUAUUACAACCGGGAAAAUAUACCAGUCUGUCAUUGAUAAGGAGAGAAGGGGAGAUUAUUUGGGUAAAACUGUUCAGGUCGUUCCACAUAUUACUGACGAAAUUCAAGAUUGGAUAGAACGUGUUGCACAUAUACCAGUGGAUGGACAAGAGGGCCCUCCUGAUGUUUGUGUGAUUGAAUUGGGUGGAACUAUCGGGGAUAUUGAGUCUAUGCCGUUUAUUGAGGCUCUUGGACGAUUUUCAUAUCGUGUCGGUUCCGGUAACUUUUGCCUUAUUCAUGUCAGUUUGGUACCAGUGCUUAAUGUUGUUGGGGAACAGAAGACAAAGCCAACCCAGCACAGUGUUCGGGGACUGCGAGGCCUGGGUUUAACACCAGAUAUUUUGGCUUGUCGCAGCACAAUGCCUCUAGAUGAAAAUGUGAAGGCAAAGCUCUCACAAUUUUGCCAUGUUCCGAAUGAGAAUAUCAUAACUCUGUUUGACGUCCCCAACAUUUGGCAUAUACCUUUGCUUCUUCGAGAUCAGAAGGCUCACGAAGCUAUAUUAAAAGUUUUCGAUCUUUAUGGUGUUGGAAAGGAGCCUGUACUAGAUGAAUGGACUCAGAGAGCUGGACUCUGUAGCAAGUUGCACAUUCCUGUGAGGAUAGCCAUGGUCGGAAAGUACACCGGACUUUCAGAUUCUUAUCUCUCUGUGCUGAAGGCUCUCUUGCAUGCAUCGGUUGCUUGCCAUCGUAAACUUGUUGUGGACUGGGUUCCAGCUAGUGACCUUGAAGAUUCAACCAAAGAGGAGAACCCUGAGUGUUACAAAUCUGCUUGGAAUUUACUCAAGGGUGCAAAUGGGGUACUUGUUCCCGGAGGAUUUGGUGACCGAGGUGUUGAAGGGAAAAUUCUCGCAGCAAAGUAUGCUAGAGAAAAUAAAAUUCCAUAUCUCGGAAUUUGUCUGGGAAUGCAGAUUGCUGUCAUUGAGUUUGCUCGUUCAGUUCUUGGAAUACAAACUGCAAACAGCACAGAAUUUGAUUCAGAAACUCAAAAAACCAAGGACCCAUUUGUUAUAUUCAUGCCGGAGGGAUCUAAAACUCAUAUGGGAGGCACUAUGCGGCUUGGUUCAAGGAGAACAUUCUUCCAAGCGAAGGAUUGCAAGAGUGCAAAACUAUACGGCAAUGCAAACUUUGUCGAUGAGAGACACCGGCAUAGAUACGAGGUGAACCCUGAUAAGAUUGCUCAGCUGGAGAGUUUUGGCAUGUUGUUCACGGGAAAAGAUGAAUGUGGCCAGCGAAUGGAGAUCAUUGAGUUGCAUGAUCAUCCCUUCUAUGUUGGCGCUCAAUUCCACCCUGAAUUUAAGUCGAGACCCGGAAGUCCUUCCCCGUUAUUUGUUGGUCUCAUAGCUGCAGCAACAGGACAGUUAGAUCUUUUUCUAGAAAAUCCGAAUCUUGUACAUCUUAUGCUGCAAAGAGAAACGCCCAAGUGCAGCCCACGGCCAACGAUACCUCCACCCGUUAAGCCCAAAGAUCUUGUUAACGGUUUUCACGAUAAAUUACACGAAAAGUUUGACAAUGGUUCGGUGAACCGCACAAGUAAGGAGCAUGCUACUGACGGUGUAUUGAAAAAUGGCAUUCAUCCAGUAAAUACUAAAAGAGUGGCAAAUGGAACUCAUCAAAAGCAUGUUAAUGGGUCUACAAACGACAUUUAUCCCGAACAUUCAAAUGGUAUUGUUCCGUCACAUGUUAAUGGUUUAAAGAAUAGUAAGUUUCCGGAAUAUAAUCAUAGCUCUCUGGGUGGCAUUUGCAAGGACCACGAUAAUGGAUUGUUGAACGGAGUAAUGCAUAGUGAUCGUAGAAACGGUUAUCUGAAUGGCAUCUGCAGCAACGGUAAUGGUCUUCUCUACUGAAGAAAUGAAACGAAGUAUCGCAACUCCUAAAAAGAUUAUUCAACAAGCUUGAUGAGCAGAUUUUUGCUAGUAUUUUUCGGUUUGGAUGUACAGUUGAUUAUAGUAAAGCUAAGGUAUUAUAGCUCUCGAGAUUCUGCGUACUAACAGUGCUGAAAUCCCGUCUUUUAUUCAGGGUUGGCCUGUGUAGUGUAACUAAGAGAGGGGUUGAGCCGUUGACGUUUUUCUUCGUUUCCUCGAUGUUUUUCCGGGUCAACUAAAACCGCUGUUUCCUUCCUACUGCCUGACUAGGAACCUUAAAAGAGUGAAUUUCCUUCCUAAAACAUGUAUUCCUUGAACCUUUUCUAUUUAAUGAAUAUUCUUGAUUUAGUAUUCAUUUUAGCUCGUUUUUGUCGGUGUAUUUUAAACUAAACUUAUCGAAACUUAUUUUUUCUUUUCUUCUGUCUAGAAUAAAGGCGAAAACGCGCAUAGAUAUUGUUAGGAAAAUGAUUGAUGAAGGUUGCAAAUAGAAUGUAUUGGCACCAAGUCAUAAGUUAUGUAUGUAUUUGGGACAGAAAAUGAACAUGAAAGCACAGUUGUGGGGCUUCACUGUGCCCACAAAACAUGUGAUGUAUGAAA